UGAAGCAUGUAGACGCGCAUUUUCCGUGCGAACACUGAACCCGAAUGCGCGCCAAACAUAAUAAGAUAAACUUUUAAAAUGAGUGGUCAUUAGUGAUAGUGUGAUUUGUUAAACAAAUCAGUGUUGUGGUGUUUGUUGUCCGACUGUCUGAGGUUAGCGUGAGCGAUGCGCGGGCGCACGCCGCGCUGGCGUUGCGUGUUCGCGGUCGUGUGCGCGCUGCUCGCUGCCGCCGGCAUCGCCAUCUCGCUCACCUGGGGCCGGGUCUUCGACUCCGUGGUGGCGCGACAAGUGGCCCUGGUGCCAGGGUCUCGAUCGUUCCGCGAGUGGGAGGCGCCGUCUGUGCCACUCUUCAUGGACGUCUACCUCUUCAACUGGACCAAUUCGGAGAAUUUCCCGGAGGAAAAGCCCAACUUGAUGCAGUUAGGUCCAUACCGCUUUAAAGAGCACCGGCAGCACGUGAACGUGACGUGGCACGUGAACAACGGCUCGGUGGCCUACCGCACGCUGCGGAGCUGGCACUUCCACCCCUCCAGCAACGGCAGCCUCGACGACAACGUCACCAUGCUCAACAUCAUAGCUGCGUCAGCGAUCUACAGCGCUCGAGGCUGGGGCUUCUUAGAGCAGAAGAUGCUCUCCAUGUCGCUGGCCAUGUUCGGGCAGCACAUGGUGGUGUCGAAGCCGGCUCGGGAACUCCUAUUCGAGGGCUACGAGGACGCGCUGCUGGACGUGGCCAAGACCUUGCCGGCCAGCGCGACCGGCGGCGCCCCGCCUGUCGACAGAUUUGGACUGUUCUACGAAAGGAAUAACUCAAUCACGACCGACGGCUACAUGGAAGUGUCCACAGGGGUGGAGAGCGGCACUCUACCAGGUCAGGUGCUGCGGUGGAACUACCAGGACUAUCUGCCGUACUACACUGAGGAGUGCGCCAAGCUGAGGGGGAGCGCGGGCGAGUUCCUGCCCCGGGACCUGACGGAGCGCUCGACGGUGACGGUGUUCGUGCCGGACCUGUGCCGUUCCAUACAGCUCACGCACAAGCUCAGCGGAGAGUUCGGAGGUCUCCCCUAUCACCGCUAUUCCGUCGCGCCGGAGAGCUUCGAUAACUCAACGUCCUCUCACCACAACACGUGCUUCUGCAACGGCGACUGCUCGUGGGGCGGAGUGAUGAACGUGUCGGCGUGCCGCUACGGCUCGCCCUCGUUCAUCUCGCUGCCUCACUUCCUGCACGCCGACCCGGCGCUCGCUGCCGCCGUCUCCGGCUUGCAGCCCGACGAGGACAAACACUCCUUCUACUUCUCUGUGGAGCCGAAACUUGGUGUGCCACUCGAGGUUGCCGCCAGGUUCCAGCUGAAUAUUCUAAUUGAACCGAAUCCUAAUAUUGCGUUAUACGAGAAAGUGCCAAAAAUGCUCUUCCCGAUAUUUUGGGUGGAGCAGAGCGUGCAAACUGAAGUAAGCAUCAUAGAGGAGCUGGUGUACGCGCGCGCCACCUUGGACUGGGGCGCGACCGUGUGCGCGUGCGCCGCGCUGCUGCUGCUGGUGCUGGUGGCGCUGGCCACGUGCUGCGUGCCGCGCCACAAGUACGCGCGCCCGGCGGAUGGCGCCAUCAUCAGCGAAAAAAAGGAUGAAGCAGAGAUGAAGCUGAACAAUCUGUGAUAAAAUUGACGAUUUUGAUGCUGAAUGUGAUUGUCAGUAUUGUCACUCAAUCCCGGUUCUCGGUCUAGUCUCGAAGACUGAUUGAAAGACAUUUUGUGCGCCUCGGGAAGCGAUAGGGUGCAAGGGAGGUAAUGAAGUUACAAGCGAUAAAGAGUGUCCAGCUGACUAAAUGUUACCAUUUAAUAAGUUAACAUAGGUACGUAUAAUAGAUAUGUCUACCCUUUUCUUCUCUAUUUAUUUGUGACUUGUAUAAAGCAUUUAACAAGGGUUAAGGAAAGAACAGAAUAUAAUAUUUAAUGUUUAUCUACCUACCUCAAACACAUUAUUUCCAUCAAAUUUUGAGUUAGAUAGUGAAAUUCCUGAAAGAAGGUAUGUAGAGACCUCUCUACCCACCCAAUACUUAACCUUGAACUUUAUGUUGACAAAAUCAAAAUUUCAUUUUGCUUGGCAUUUGGCUUGGUAUGCCCAUACGUCAAACCUUGCCAAGCAAAAUGAAAUUUUGAUUUUGUCAACAUAAAGUUCAAAUUAGAAUGGAACAGGAGACCUUUUUAUAGAUCUCUAGGUUAAAAUAUAGCCAAUACCUAAAAUACGUAAUAGCGAAUAUGAGCAUGAUUCGAACAAAAAUUAUACAAGCUCAGCUGCUUUAAAUAGAAAUUUAUUUUGCGUCUGGUAAGUAAAGUACAUAUAUAAAUAUUUAACCUCAUGGACUCGUAAAAGAGGCCUAAACGAGGAUUUUUUUUAUUCUUGAUACAAUUUUGAGGUAGAUAGGUUAUAGAGUCUGUGCGAAAAGAGUCGUGGAAUGUAUGGAGCCCAAUACCUACAUUCCACGACUCUUCUCUUCCCGAAGAGAUUACAGUGGGUUAGGUAUACGGAUGUCGUUGAUAAUCUAGUUACACUUGUAUUGUAAGCAUACCCGUACUAACUCGGUGCACGAAUACUAAAGUGAUGUACCAAAAUAUUUUAUCGACAAAAUAUUACUUACAUCGAUAUUACUCUCAACAUCUAGAUUUUACUCCAUAUAAAUAAAUACUAUUAUUUUGUCUGGAUUUUAAAAUAAAAACAGUAAUCAAAUUAAAACGUGUAUUGUUUUCAGUGAAAAGUCUUUUCAAUUUACAAGUGAUUUCAUAGUAUGAUUAUUUUGACUGAAACUACAUCGGUAUACUUUAUUAUCUUAAGAGGCUCGAUAUCAGACAUAAUAUAGAACCUCUUUAUAAUAAUCGAGAAUUUUUCAUAGCAUACAUAUAUAAUAAUAUAUAUCAUAGCAAACAUAAUUAUGCUUGUAAGAUAUGUAACAAUUAUUUUUAUACAGUUAGGUGUAAUCUUAUUAUUGACAAAAUUACUCAUUUGAUUAAUGAUAAAUAAUACAUCAUUAGUGAUAAUUUGUAGGUAAAUAUUAAGUAUUAAAUCAUGAUAAGAAUGGGAUGUAACACAUAAUAUAAGUCGUUUUUGAAGAUAUACAUGGAAUAACAUUGUAAAUGAUAGAGUACGCAGCAAAAUAAGUACAAUAUCAUUCUAAAUCUAGGUAUAAUGUAUAUAGUUUUUACAUUAAUUAAGUAAAACACAAAAGCUAGAAUGGGCUUUAAAAAAACAUAUCUAAUCCAUAAUUAAUCACUCAUAUGUCUCUUAAUAAAAUAUAACACACAAUUUAAAUUAAAACAUCGUGUAUAAAUUAAUAAUGUAUCCAUCUGACAAUAUGUCCAUUUACAAUAAGUAAAUUAUUAUUUUAUAAUGAUAAAAAAGCGUUAGUUUCGAAUCCCAUUCUCAUUGCGGUCGAAUAAUUACUAUUAUGAGAGAUGAAAUGCAGAAUAAUUAGAUGGAUAUUAAUUUGUUUCCUUUAUUCAAUUAGGGUCUUAGGUUAGGAUUUUACAAUGUGAGUAUAAAAGUAAAAUAUAAAAACACUUACAAAACAUUACAAAAAUAUAAACACAUUAUAAAAAACCUAACCUAGGGUGCCGCCGGUGUAAUUUGUUAUUAUUAUGAAUUAUCGUUCGAACCAGCCGAGAGUCCACGUUGGUGGCUUAGGAAAUGCGCGUACCUACAAAUUAAGAAUAAUAUCUGUGUCUUAAAAAGGAACACUAUAAAUAUAAAAAAUUCCAGAAAAAUAUUUUUCUUCCGGGGGUCGUAACCGGUAUUUACUUAUCUAUUUUAAAAAGUCACUCCGCAGAUGUAAGCAUUACGGGCAACUAGUGACAAGAAAAAGUUGAUCCACAUAAGCCGCCACUUUUAGUUUAUUUCUAUAAGUAGUUUACAGAUGGUUAUUUUUGUAUUUAGAUAAGCUCCGAAAAAUUGUAUUCGUAUAUUUAAUAAAUCUUGUAAAUUAAGAUAGAGCUAUCUCUAUAUUAAUUUACCAAGCGAGUUUUAUAGCCCACGCUGUGCAAGAGUUAUUUUCAACGUCAAUCUUAUAUGAAAUUAUGACGUAUAAAUAACACUUGCACUGCGUGGGCUAUCAAAAUCGCUACAGACUUUUCUAGGUAUACAUUGCCAACAUGACCAAAUAUCUUUAAGGAUGUGCGUUUUGUCAUCUAAUUAAAAAUCUAAUUUUAUGACAUGAUAAGUACACAGUGUAGGUAUUGUGAUACAAUAUAUUUAUUAUUUAUGUGUGUAUAUUUACUGUUAAUGUUUAUUUACAGUUACGUUUCGUAAUAGUAUCUAAACCUAAAUCAGGAUUUUUUAUGAAUGUACGUAGGUAUAUAUAUAUAGGUAUAUAUUUUUAUACAAAGAGUAUAUUUUUGUAUGUAUGGACAAUGAAAUCGCUGUUUCUUAAGCGCAUGCUUAUAAUAUUUAAUACAAAUUAUUGCGCAUAACAAAAUAAAGACCGUCCUAUGUGGAUUUUUAUGUUUUAAAUUUUGUUUGGUUGUGGAAAAAAGUGUAGGUAAAUACCUAGAUGAAAUUAGUCAAAACUGAGCGUUGUAAAUAUUAUAUAGAAAAUGUUGCAAUCCAGAAAUCAUACCCUAAAUAAGGGUGAAAUAGGAGAAUGGUUUGUUUAGGAGUGCUGCCAUGCCAUUAAUGAAUUCCACUCGACGCGGGAGAAACCGCGAGCGAUAGCUAGUAUUAUAUAUUGUUCUUUUUUUUAGCAUUAGAAAGAACACCACAGAAGCAAGCGAGCAGUUUUUAUCAGGCUCUUUAAUUGAUAAUAAUUAUUGAAUUAUCUAAUGUAGGAUGGCAAAUACAUAUAAUUUACUUCAAAUUAUUACCGCUAAAAGUGCCGGAUUUGGAACCACACGUUUACUUCUGCGAAAUUCUUUCUAAUGCUAAAAAAACGGACUACAGUAUGAAAUAUUAUUAAUGGUUUAGAAGUAGGUAAAUCUCAUUGUUAUCCAUUUACAAAAUUCAACGUAGUUACUAAAAAAAUGAUGUUUAGGUAU